AUGAAGGAUAGCAUCAUGAACCCGCCGGAGAAGGACCCAAAUUCGAUCACGACUGUAGCUGACCAAGGUCAGGGAGGUCUCGAGGAAAAAACCCGAUCAAAUUCGACCACUCAGUCGUCGAUUGCUCUGACAAAGGACAACCCUGCCAUCACAACUCCCCAGCGCCGCAGCAAGCGAAACCCUUCAAAAACCGCCGAGGAUGGCGCAAUGAAAGGUCGCUCGCUCCUCCCAUCUGAAGUUGCCCAAGGUCAGGUUGGCCUCACGGCCAAAGCUCGAUCGAACUCUACCACUCCUUCGUCGACCGAUUUCAUCAAGGAUAAUCCUGACACCAUGAUUUCCAAGAGCCAACGCAAGCAACCCCCUCCUUCCAAAACCGCCGAGGACGGCGCAGUGCAAGGACGACCGCUUGUUGCGUACAACAAGAAACUCAAGGUGUCCAAGUUUCACCGGCUCUACAAGAAAGCUUGGAGACAGGAGGUUUUUGGGAACCAAGCAUUUAUCACCUGGUCCUCUCGCACCGUGGAACACUUUGGUCAUGCAAUAUGUGGAAGCAUCGCAAUGAUGUCUUUCAUUCUGACGACAACAUCGUCAACCAACAGCGCACGACUGCUCUCGAUCGACGCAUCCACAAAGAGUUUGACAUGGGUCCUCGCGACCUACCUCGGAACCUUCGCCCUGUCAUCCGUCGAUCCCGCCUUGUAG